CCUUUUUCCAGUGCUAUGGCAAAGGAAUUACCAACUAAGAUAAAAUGUGUUAUGAUAGGGGACAGUAACGUGGGAAAGACGACUAUAUUUCAGGCGUGCCUCCUGAACUCGGAGCAAGAGGCCGGGGGAGACGUUUGUGACAGUGGAGUGGCCGAGCUUACAGUGGAUAAUGUCCCGUACGAAAUAACGCUGUACGAUACAAGUGGUAGAGAAUCAGAUAUACCCUUAAUCUCAUCCCUUACCUUUCCCAGAACAAAUGUUUUUGUACUGUGUUACAGCGUUAUAGGCCCUAGAUCGCUGGAUAACAUCGAGAACGUGUGGUUAAAACAGAUAGCUAAACAUAGGAAGAAAGCAGUGACUGUCCUCCUAGGACUGAGAACAGACCAGCGAAUAGACAAGACCCAGAAUAUAGUGACCUACUAUCAAGCCAAGGACUUUGCUGAGAAACACAACCUCUCCGGUUUUACAGAGUGCUGUGCAUUCGACUCAAUCAGAACGGAGAUAUUGAAGCAGUUCAUAGUAAAGUGCCACACUGGAAAGGAGAAGAAAGAAUGUUGUAUACAAUGAGAAUAUACAAUGUAUAUACAAUGUACAAUGAGAAUAACGACUACCAUAAUCUCUGUUCGUAUUGAUCAACCUCCACAUUUCCAACCUUGGUAAAGCUAUUUCUAAGAGAAUAUAAAAACAGAAACUGCAACUUGUGGAACUAUGAUGAGUUUUUGAUGAGCUAUUCAGCGUUACCAUGGUUACUAACGUUACCAUGGUUACUAACGUUACCGUGCAACCUAAUCACUACUCCCUAUCUCAAGAUGGACAGUAAAUUGUUGUUUCAUUCUUGUUUAGCUACGUUGGUGACUUCUUGUGCUCGUGUAUGAUGUUUCUUAAUAACUUGGUAUCCGUAAAUUAUAAUACUAAUUAUAAUACUAAUAGACCGUGCUGUCUGUUUGAUUUAUCUUUGGUUGCGUUUUAAGUAACCCAGCGUUACCAUGGUUACUAACGUUACCAUGGUUAAGUAACCCAGACCAUAUUUUAUUGUAACUCAUUUGAAAUUGUUAAUCAUUUGAAAUUGUUACUCAUUUGGCUGUUACAAAUUGGAUUGUAGCCCAUUUGGUUGCCUUCAUUAGGUUUCUAUUCAUUUGAUUGUUACUCAUUUGAUUGUUACUCAUUUUCCGAUAUUUAAGUUCGGUAUAGUAAUCGGUUUGGUCUUUGUUAAUCUUUUACAUUGAUUUAUUCUUUAA